CCGCUGCCAUAAAGGUUUCUUUUGUUGUUUGAAAGGGCUGGUUCCAAUACCUUAUCCUCAAAGUCAUUCCAUGCAAACACAAAAAAGGUGACGGUGGUUGGGCUUAAGUAAUUUAUGCGUUUCAUUACGAAAUAAUAACAAUGAAUCAAAGAGCUUUUCAUAAUCUUUCAUAAACACAUAUUGUGGUGCGCUAGUAGUAGCCGUCGCGUUACUUAGGUUUAACUUGCUAGACUGCAAAUGUUUAAUUGUAGAAGCUUUUGUUGGUCAAAUAUGACGAACUUUCUGCAACAAAGUCAGCUAGCGAGGUCCUAUGUGCGCUAGUUGGUGAAGCAUUUGAAAAACAAGAAAUAGGAGGAACCGUAACAGCUGCUUUUAAGUCUCCACCGCCGAUCUGAUAUUUUAAUGCUCAGUGGUCUCUACCACUUCCACUCCGGGUCCCACACGGGCUGCAGUCAGUCGAACUUGACGUCAUCGCUUCCGCCCUGAACCCCCCUCCCCCCCCCCUCGCUCUCUCUCUCUCUCUCUCUCUGUCUCUCUCUCUCUCUUUCCCCCUCCUCCUCCACCUCCUCCGUCGGCGGCGCUGGCCGCAGCCUGCAGAAUCCAACAUGGAGUAACAAGAGAUGGGGCUCGUGCGGGGCCACCCUCAGCAACAUCCGCGCACACUCUAAACCACGGGAUUUCGAUAGUCGCGUUUAUCCUUGCGCUGCACGUUUGAACAAGCAAAAGAGAAGGCUCGGAACCCAGGGGAUUUACACUUUUCGGUGGAUACACUUCUCUAAACGUUUGUAGAAAAAAAAAAGAGAACAAAAAGCGGCAACCCUAAGAAGGGAGAAAGAACAAAGACAAACAUCGAAAAAACUCUGGAGAAAAACGGUGCUACAGUAUGUGAAAGCCAGGAGGUACGGAGCAGAGGCAAAGACAAAAAUGAAGAGAACAGUGUGUGUGCCCGUUGUGGGAAUUCAUCGUAGGUGAAACGUAAAAAAUGACCGAAGAAACACACCCAGACGAUGACAGCUACAUUGUGCGCGUUAAAGCGGUGGUGAUGACCCGUGAUGACUCGAGCGGCGGUUGGCUGGCGCAGGAGGGCGGGGGCCUGAGCCGGGUGGGCGUGUGCAAGGUGCUGCCCAGCGAGCUGAUUGGCCGGAGCGACUUCCUCAUCCACGGCGAGCGGCUCAAAGACAAACAGGUGAUUCUGGAGUGUUUCCUGAAGAAGGACCUGAUCUACACCAAGGCCACGCCCACCUUCCACCACUGGAGGGUGGACAACAAGAAGUGCGGCUUGACCUUCCAGAGUCCGGCCGACGCCCGCGCCUUCGACCGGGGCGUGAGGAAAGCCAUCGAGGACCUGACGGAAGGAUCCACGACUUCCUCUUCCACAAUCCAGAACGAGGCCGAGCUGGGAGACGACGACGUCUUCACCAACGCCACCGACAGCUCGUCCAACUCGUCCCAGAGGAAGGACCGCCCCGUGCAGCCGCUGCCCUCCCCCAACCUCUGUGACCCCCGCAGGCACCACUGUGUCCUGGGACACUUCCACGACCCCUACCGGCCGCCCCACCACUACUUCCUGGAUCAGUCCGUCCCCAAGUUCCCCCGCCACGUCAGCUUCCAGGACGAGGAGGAGGAGAUCGUGCGCAUCAACCCCCGGGAGAAGACCUGGCUGACGGGGUACGAGGACUACCGGCACGCGGCCGCGCGCGACAAGUUCAUCCGGCCCGAGGACGCCGACUCCUACGUGCACUUCGCCAAGAGCGAGCCGCCCAAGCACGACUACAGCUACCCGUACGUGCCCAGCUCGGACCUGAAGGCCGGGGGCGGGGUCGCGGGGGGCGGGGGCGGCGGCGUGGCGGUCGGGGGCGUGGCCGGGGGCGUGGUCAGCGCCCAGCCCCGCCCCCUGCAGCCCAAGUGGAAGCGGCGGAAGGAGGACGGCGAGCGCUCGCGCUGCGUCUACUGCCGGGACAUGUUCAACCACGAGGAGAACGGGCGGGGCCGCUGCCAGGACGCGCCCGACCCGGUGCGGACCUGCAUCCACCGCGUCAGCUUCAUGUGGUGCGCGGACAGCCUGCUGUACCACUGCAUGUCGGACCCCGAGGGCGACUACUCGGACCCGUGCUCCUGCGACACGUCGGACGAGCGCUUCUGCCUGCGCUGGCUGGCGCUGGUGGGCCUGUCGCUGCUCGCGCCCUGCAUGUGCUGCUACGCCCCCCUGCGCGCCUGCUACCGCUGCGGGGUGGCCUGCCGCUGCUGCGGGGGCCGGCACAAGGCCAUGGGCUGAGCGGGGGGGCGGGGGCGGGGAGGUCGGGGGGGCCGAAAACCGGCCCCGCCCGCCCGGGAGAGGAGGAGGAGGAGUGGGGGAGGAAGAGGAGAGGUUCUUUUUUUGUUUUGUACAUCUUUAUUUCGGUUUUGUUUUUGUUUUUUUGUCUCUUCAAAUUCCAGGUGGGGAGGGGGUGGGGGGGUCUACAGGAGUGGUUUCAGUGCCCCCCCCCCCCUCCCAAUUCCUUUUUUUUAUUCUUUUGCCUCUCUUCUCUCCCCCCGGUCGCCCCUCCCCACCCCCACCCCCCUCAUGGGCGUGUCGCAGUCUCCGGGUCGUGCAUCGCAAAGACUAGCCAAUGAUUAUUCAUUUAUAAAUAUAUAUAUAACAGGUACUUUAUAUUUUUACACUGAGUUGUUUUAAGAACUUGAAUCUUGUUUUUUUUCCAAUGUUGCGUGUGGUCGAUGUGAGCAUCUUUUUAUUAUUAUUAUUAUUAUUAUUAUUAUUAUUAUUUAUUAUUAUUUGAAAGUUUGUGUUUUUAUGCCAUGGUUUGCCAACUGAGAUCAAGCUGGUUCCCUCCUGCUGGCUGAGGCACUUACUGUCAUCGUCCCCCGACCCCCCCCCCCCCUCCCAACCCUUCAAAACACAGGAUAUAAGAACUUUCAUUCACCUGAGAUACUUAACCUGUAAUGGGGUGGAUGGUGUGUGUGUGUGCGUGUGUGUAUGUACAUGUACGUGCGUAUGUGUUUGUGUGUGUACAUGUGCAUGUGCAUUGGUGCAUGUGUGUGUCUGUGAGUGUGUGUGCGUGUGUGUGUGUGUGGGUCUGUGUGUGCGCGUGCGUGCGUGUGUGUGUGGGUCUGUGUGCUUGCAAGGGCCAGAAAAAGCAAGUGGAAUAAGGACAGUGUAUCAGAGUGUAGUGUUGUAACUGUACUGAAGCCAAAUUUUCUAAAUAAGCUGCAGCAUUAACUUAGAGCUCAAUCAAGAUUCCUUUUCUACAAACAGCCUUUUAUUAUUUGGCGGUAAGAUAUAUGCCUUCUCUCAUCUUUUUUUUUUACUAGUUUUGAAAAUAAGCCUUAGCUUACUUUUCAAGUUAUGUUUACUAUCCAAAGAUUUAUUUUAUUUUAUUUUUCUCACAAGAAUAGUGGCCAAAGGGAAGGGGGGGUGUGUGUGUGUGUGUGGGGGGGGGGGGGGGUGGGUGAAAGGUAAAAAUUUGUGUGAAUAAGCACAGCCAUGGUGGGGAGAUGCUAGUUUCGCGGUGUGAAGAUACUCCACUCUGCCCUGCCCAUAGCAUAAACGGAGCUUCAGAACUACUGAAGCCGAAAACACUAUUAAAAAAUAAAUAAUUAAUUUCUUUUUUUAAGCUUUUAAAAUUCAGCCCUGGAAGGUUUCAUGCUGAAGUGACAGGUUUUGGUUGAAGGAAAGGCCUUGAGCUGGAGAAAAUAUGUUCUCGCGUAAAUGGUGCUAAGUUCCAGAUUUCUUCUUCUUUUCUUUUUUUUUUUUGCCAAAUAAUUUAUUCCUUUCAAAUGUUUAAUAAAGGGUGAUUUGGUGGGAGGGGCCAGAGGAGGAGCUGUGCUGAUUGGCUGCCUCUCCCUCUGUGGUCGCAUGUCUCCGUUGCUACGACGAACAUGGAAAAGGGAGAAUUAGCAGUUUGUUCCUGUUCAGCAGAAGUUGUGGAGUAAAAGAGGGGAUAGUAUUUUUCUAAUAUAUUGGAAGGGAUUAUCCAGUGAAUACGGAGAGGAGGGUUAGUUUUUCAUUAAAGAUAAAUAGAGUGAAAUAUAUAGUGAUUAUUGUGGCUUAAUAGCAUAGUACAAUCUGUCAAGAGGCCAGGCCGUCGAGCAGCCCCCGAUCCCCCCCCCCCAGUCCAACCCCCCUCCCACACCUGGGUCGCCCUGCCUCAGUAGCACUGGCAAAGCAGUCUUGGCUCCGCCCACCCAGCCCCACCCAUGGAAACAUGGCCUCGGUGUGAUCGCCUUCACCAUUGUGUUAGCUCACCGUGUUAGAAUCCGGCUCCCCUGGUACAGCUUAGCUGAGCAGCCUAUUCUUCCCCCACGCCCCAAUGCCCUGCUCCAGGACCCCCCCAUCGACCUACUUCAGAGACCUACCACCCCCCCACCCCCCCAUUAUCCGCUCUGCUCUAUUACCCCCCCACCACUGCCCUGCUCCAGAACCCCCCCCUCCACUGCCCUGCUCUAGAACCCCCUCCCGCCCUCUCUAACCCCCCCCUGCAACACCGGUGGCUGCUGCUCCAGGGACCGGCUGGGUGCGCUGAGCUCAUCAGAAAGGGACGAGCCUGUUUUUACACUAGCCAGCCAGCCAGCGAGGGAGGGAGGGCGAUGCGUGUGUAAAUAAUAUAACACAGAGGAAUGCUUGCGCAUACAUAUAUGAGUGUAUAUAUGUGUGUGGGUGCGUGUGCGUGUUACAUGUUUUGUGCGUCCUAUCUAUUCGUGUAUGCUGUACAAUUGAACUGAAACACAAACCAGCCUCAAGUUAAAUGCUACCCUGUAACCUUACCCAUAGAGUGAACAAUAAGGUUCUCUUUCUCUCCGUAAGAAGCACAACACUAACGCGAAGCCCUUAUGAGUAUUGUGCAGAAUAGUUUUGCUGUGAAGUGCCCUUGUUCCUAUGCAUACGUCUGUGUGCCCCCCCCCUGCCCCCCCGGAAUCCUUCCGGUCCCGUCCCGGCGCGGACGGGUCGGCGUUGGAGAGUUUUUAGGCUGCAUUGGUGCUCUGACGGGUGCGCGGAGGGUUUUCGGGUCCCUGGGUCCUGUACAUACAUGCAAACCGCCCCUCGUCGUGUCCCCCCCCCCCCCAACCAGACUCUCUGUGUGUGUCCGCGGUCUCGUCCUCCUCUUCGUCCUCCUCCUCGUCCGCUUUCUGCAAUACCGCCACAGGGGUGAGAGUUUGGCCGAGGCGCGCACGUCCCCGCGCCUUCCCAAGCGCACGGGCAGGGGCGGGUCGGGGCGGGGGCGAACGUUUAACGAGAUCACCAGCGACUACGCGCAAUAAUGCGAGGAGCCCCGAUCGCCGGGGGCGACAGCCCCCCACCCCGGUCCCGUAAAAAAAAAGAAUCCACUUCGUUAAAAAAAAAAAAAAACAUUCGAACCUGCACAGAUUUUCCAAAGCGGGGGGCUGGUGAACUCCACAGAUGGGCGGAGGUGUGCACGCGCGCGCCCGCGGAACUCUCAUCCCUGACAACAGGCAUCGUUCAAUGUUAGAGAAGAGCCAAGUUUUAUUUUUCUAUCUGUGGUAAGGAAAGUUUAACCAAAAGCGUUUUUUUGGUCUGUUUGGUGCACAGUCUAGCUACUGCACACAUUUAACUAUUAAACAGAAAGUGCCUGAAGCAUACUGUUAGUCUAUCUCCUUAUAUACUUUAAAAAAAUGAUAAAGAUUAAAAAAUAAACCCUGUUGUAUUGAUUA